AUGAAAUCUACCAUUGUGGAAGAAGGCCAGGGAUGUGUGCGGGACAAUUGCAAUGACAGUGUUGUUCUUCAGGUAGAACACACAGAUAAUGAUAUUAUUGUUGAUGAGGUAGAUGACAUAGGCAAUGAUAGUGUUGUUCAUGACGUAGGAGGUAGAGGGGAUGACAAUGUUGUUAAUGAAAUNUGA